UGUGUGUCACCUUCCUGGGGAGGUUCUACCAGAGUCUGAAGGACAACGAUGUUGAGUUCACACCUGCUAGUAUCGAAAAGGAGCUCAUGAAAUCCUGCAGAGAAGCAAAAGGCAAAGAGAACCGGUUGUGCUAUUAUAUUGGGGCCACAAGUGAUGCAGCCACCAAAAUUAUUAAUGAGGUGUCAAAACCCAUGAGUCACCACAUCCCCGUGGAAAAGAUCUGCGAGAAACUUAAGAAGAAAGACAGUCAGAUCUGCGAACUAAAAUAUGACAAGCAGAUCGACCUGAGCACCGCCGACCUGCGCAAGCUGCGCGUCAAGGAGCUGCGGCGGAUCCUCGACGACUGGGGCGAGGCGUGCAAGGGCUGCGCCGAGAAAUCCGACUUCAUCCGCAGGAUCCACGAACUGAUGCCCAAGUACGCGCCGAGGGCGGCGGGCGCUCGCGCCGAUCUCUGAGGAGGGGCCGCGCGGGGCGGGCGCGGAGACGCCGCGGCGGCGCGCGUUGUACGGGGCUCAUUAAAGUACCACGGUUUCUACCGGG